UAUAAUGUUGACACUGUAAAUGUUAUUUGGAUAAUACGUGUACAUGAUUUCUUGGAUUAGGGUUUUGGCGGCACUGAAGCUUGGCUGUACAAGUAAAUGGAAGAAUCUGGGAUUUGAUGAGGCAUAUCUCGGUGGGUCAAUUGUUUUAUUCAAUAUGUUUGUUGAAAUCAAAUGGAUUAGAGAAUGAUGAAUGGGGAACUCAUUUGAUUUAUUCAUAACCUAUUCCUUGUCUAGUCAAAUAUUCCUCUGAAUCGAUUUUGUGGAAUUGGAUGAAUCAGGUUCCUUAUAUAUUUCAAGUACUUUCUUCUGAUCAGUUCUAAGAUGAACAAAAUAUAUGGUUGAAUUUGCUUUACUGAGGCCAGGUAGGUAUUGAUAAGUGUACAGAAUUUUGGGAGGAAUUCAAUUGAGGAGGGUAUGCUUAGUCUAGUUGUGGUUUUGAUUGUACUUUUUGGUGGUAAGACUCAAUUUGUGGUGAUUUAGUGGAUCUCCCCACAACAAUUAGCUAUCAGAAAAUUCGAAUAAGAUUGGAUUUUGACAACCACUUUGCUUCUAAUCUUCUCAUCAUGUUGCUAGAAUUUCUUGCACGCCUUAAGAAUCACUGCUCUUUUUUAUCAAGCAAGGUUGAUGAUUUGAAAGAUUCAGACAGAAUAGUCCGUAGGCUUUCAUUAUCUGAGCAAACAAAGCAGUUUGUUUAUGCCAUUUAUGAACCAGAAUCGAAGGCUGUGGUUUAUGUACUAGCUGCACAGAACUUAUCUGAACGGUCAGUUUUUGAUGCAGUGUCUCUCAUAAAGGAGGUUCGGCCACAGGCAGUUUUGGCUGAAAUUUCUCUGUCCACCCUAGAUGAGAUUCUAGCUGAGAACAGCACUUCAAGGGGUGAUAUGGUGAGUUCAAUGCCAACAACUUCUUUUGGGGUUCUCAAAGAUUGUGUUCUCAAUAAGAUCAGUAAAGAGAUGCAUGAGAAAGUGGCAUCGAACUUGGUUUUGCAAGAAAUAUUUGGUGUUGGUUUUCAUGAGCAUGUCAUUGCAGCCAAAAGGGCUGCAGAGGAAGUGGGUUCCUGUUUCUUUUUGUUUAGAUCUUCAUUUGUAAAUGAUGAAGGGAAUGGCUGUAACAAAUCUGAUAUACAGGUUGCAGAGUGCAAAAUCCUGUGCACCAGAAGUUGAAGUUGGAGACUUUCUACCUAGAUGCAAUUACCAGGCUCCCCCAUUUGCUCAGCCCAUUUAUCCUCUGCUGACUGAUUUACGUGAUAUUU